UCCCGCUUCUGAGGCUGGUAUCGAUCGCGCCUGUUUUCCUAAGACAUAGCAGUGUCGCAUCGACGAUCAUCAGGGAAUGAACCGAUCAACUUCGACGCGAUCCUCUUCCGCGAUUUCACUUUUCUACAGUGUCUAUUCUCUCGUUUGACCUUUGUCUCCCCGUGCGCUUUCGUCGUACUCUCUCUUCUCUUGACCUUGUCCUUGCGGUUCUCCGAAUCGCGCUUCUGCCUUUGGCGCGAGGUAUUGUUUGUUGACUUUGAUUAUCAGCGAGGGUGAAAGAGAUUCUUAUAGAUAUUUUUUCGGUAAAGGAAGUUUAUCAUUCAUGGGACAUCGGCGGGACGAUCGGAACUAAAAGAGUCGAUUGCCAGUAAGAUACAGGAUAACGAAUUGUGUCGGCUGACAAUAUGACCCGGGGUCACGAUAUUCAUAAACCAAACUGAUAAUGACUGGCAAACUCCGUUAGUCGAUACAUGGCAAUCGUAGCGAUAGAAUGGCGUUAAUCUGGUGGGAGAAGAUAUUUCUGCUCAUAAUAGCAGUCCUCAGUUUAAGGAUCAUUGUAAGGAUCGGAAUUCUGGUGUGGAAGAAAUUAGUCGCCCCGAGUCUCGGACUUGGAAUCGACAUACGAACGCAAGGAAAGUGGGCAGUAGUUACAGGUGCAACAGAUGGACUCGGAAAAGCGUUUGCCAAGGCGUUUGCCAAAAAGGGUUUGAAUAUUGUUCUAAUCUCGCGAUCUAUGUCGAAGCUGAAGGACGUAGCCGCUGAGAUCGAGCGGGAAUAUCGAGUGGAGACUCGCGUAAUAGAGGCCGAUUUAACGGAAGGACAGGUAGUCUACGCAGAAAUUGGCAAAAUGACACAGGAUUUGGAGGUGGGUGUUGUUGUUAAUAACGCUGGUACAAGCUAUGAUCACCCUGAACUAUUUACAAACGUGUCGGAGGAAGUGCUUGCGAAAAUAUUACAACUGAAUGUAGCCGGCGUGACCGGAGUUGCGAGAGCGGUACUACCCGGCAUGAUGGAACGACAGAAAGGAGUCCUUAUCAAUAUCAGUUCGACGACCGCGGCUAUACCGAGCCCUUAUUUGUCUGUCUACGCGGCCAGCAAAGCAUAUGUUGAUAAACUUAGCGCCGAUUUAGCUGCAGAAGCAGCACCAAGAGGCGUUACAGUCCAAUGCAUUCUUCCUGGUCCAGUAGCCACGAAAAUGUCAAAAAUCAAGAAACCAACUUGGAUGGCGCCUACGCCGGAAAAAUUUGUAGAGGCGACAUUAAGAACGGUUGGCAUUGAAUCGCGUACGACCGGAUAUCCGCCACACUCUCUAAUUAUCGGAGUUAUAGACGCGCUACGUUUCACGAGUGAGACGGGCGCAGUGUGGUUAGUGACAAAAAUAAUGCUUAAUAUAAGGGGACGCGUUCUACGCAAAAAGACGAAGAUCCAAGAAGAUGCGCAAGAUAUUCCCACUAAAAUGAGUUAAUUCGCUGAUAAGAAUGCAGCGCAUUAUUUUAAUUGUUCUCUAUACCCAAUUUAUUUUGUUAUUGUUUUGUGUUAAUUAAAUUAUAUCGAAUCUCCUAAUAUCUAAUUUCUUUUUUAAUUUUUAAAUAUAUCCUGAAGGCUUGCAAUUUCUCGUUGUAAUAAGAUAAAUCCUUAACUUUGAUUAAAUGAGUGAAAAAAAUGAAGGUAAAUUAUAAAUUUAUUGCAGGUGUCAAUACAAGGUGAUCUUUCCUUUUUUUAAAAAACUAUAAAAUAAUAUAUGUAUAUAGGUAAAUUUUUUUUUUUUUU